AACAAAACCCUGGGGACAAGAAUAAAAGUUUCGGUCAAUGUAUUUGUAUUCCAUAUGAGAUCAGUUAUCGAUGAAUAACAAAACGGAAUAAUAAUGGCGAUUUCAAAAUCAGGAGGUAUUUUUUCCUGAGUAUGAUUCAGAUUCAAAUACUAAUAUAUCCAACAAUCCUGAGAAGUUUUUGUUAUAUAUAUGGAAAUAAACAAGAAUGAAUAUAUUUAAGAAAAAAAUUAAAGGUGACCUUGAAGAUGAUUGGAAACCUACAGGAAGUUUUGUAAGAAAACCUGUUAAAGGAUGGAUCCACCCAGACCAUCAGUUGGAGUCAUCAGGUGUUGUUUAUCAUACACGUUUUGUUGGAGCUGUCAAAAUAUUACAAUCAGUACGUUUUAGUCCUCUUGAUCAAAGAGGAGAAAUUGUCAGGGAGGCUAUAAGAAGAUGUUCUCAUGCUUCAGAUCUCUUUAACUUCAAGAAAAAGAAGAGCAACGCCAACAAUGAAAUAAUUGGAGAGAUUUAUCUUUCUCAUUCUGGAGAGAGUUCAACAACAACCUUUUCAAAAGUUGCGAUCAAGACAACAGCUUUAUCAACAGGUCACACCAUUUGUGGACAUGAAAUAGAAAAAAUCUCUUUUGCAAGUAUUGGUGAAAAUGAGUAUAAAAAUUUGGUGGGCUAUGUGUCGAAAGAUUCAAAGUAUGAGAGAGCAUGUUUUGUUUUUGAGUGUGAUGCUGGUUUAGCAGAAGACAUUAUACUAACAAUCGGACAAGCAUUUGAAUUAAAAUACAAAGAAUCGUUAAAUACAAGUCAUGUUAUUCAACCUGUUGUCAGCAGGCUCAAAUCGGGAAGUGUACCUCCUGAACCACGCCCACAUUUUUUUGAAGUUCCAAGAAAAUUUACCGAUUCAGUAUUUGAUUCCCCACGAUAUGACGAAAAUUCAGUGUCAGAUAAACAGCCGUCAGUUGAUGAUGUGUCGUAUAGUCACUUAUUCCAAGACGUCAAAAAGUCAAAUGACAGUGGUCCGGGUUACGACACAUUGAAUCGGAACAACAACAGUUUAAUCAAUGACUAUGAUAAUCCAUCAGAAAUAAAUUUUGCACCAGGUGCAAGCUAUGGAGAGAACGAGUUUAAUUACGCUACCGUAUAUGACAAUCCAAUUGCAUCAGCGGCUGCACGUCAACAUAUCCAAGCAAGUCGACACACGCAAGCAGGUCACCUGAAUGAUGACUAUGAUAAUCCUAAAACAAAUGGCGUUUCACCAAAAGAAGAUCCUUAUUUAUCCCCAGUGUCUUCGCCUACGCAGCUUUCCCCUGUAUACCGCGAAGUUGAAAGGACAGCUGAGACCUCAAGUUAUUCGUACGUUACGUCAAACGAUUUACAAAAACAUUUAUGGUUUCAUGGUACAAUCCCACGAAAUGAUGCUGAAAGUUUAAUACAAAAAGAUGGUGAAUUCCUAGUUCGCGAAAGUGCAAGUUCUAAGGGACAGUAUGUUUUAACUGGCAUGAGAGAUGGUCUUCAUCGCCAUUUAUUAUUGGUCGAUCCACAAGGAAAGGUCCGAACAAGGGAUCAUUCUUUUGACAGUGUACAAGAACUUGUCAAAUUUCACGUUAAUAAUAACAGACCCAUAUACAGUGGUUCAAGCGAGGUGUAUUUACUGCAUGAGGUGCCAGAUCUAUCAAAACCUAAAUCGGCCACCAGUUCUUUUGCAUUGUAGAACAUGCGUAGUAAACUGGUUGCUUGUAAUGUAUUGGUAAUCUAUGAGAUAAUCUAACUGUCGCUGAUUCACUGGGGUAAUUAAAUAACUUAGUUACCAGACCGUCGACAUCUGUUGUGUAUACAAUGUAUCGAAUUCUGCUACGGAUAAUUAGAAAAGAUUGGUGCGGUAUAAAUGUUUUUACCAUUUGACGUCGAUUUGUAAAGGUGUUUGUGGCGUGUAUGCAUGUAGCUGUAAAAAAAAUUUUUAGCUUCUAAUGCAUGGGAUAAUGUCUCUUCUUAAAGAAGUGUACUGUGCACGAUACCAACGUGAAUAAUUCGGUAUUCUACUCACCUAAUUCAUGAAAUUUCCGCGCACAGCUAACCUUUGCAGAUUCCUUGCGCGAACAAUUGGUUGCGCGAAAAUCCUUAUUUUUUGCGCAUUUGGCUACACGCAAGUUUGGAAGCUUUUUAGCUCUAAUCGCCAUGCAGUAUAAUUCGUGUAUGUAAAAGAAAGUUAAAGUAAGUUGUACAUAAAUUUUAGAGUUACCAAUGAUGCGCGAAAAUGUUAUGCGCGAAAAUUUCAUGUUUUAAGUUGUAAAUAUUUUUAUACUUAAUUUUUAUGAUCUAAAUAUCUUUUCUAUUUAAUAUAUAAAAAGUUCUUUUAAAGCUUCUCCUUCGAUGUGGACAUCCUUUGAAGACCCUUAAAUUUUGAAACCCUAAAAUUACAGGUCGUCUUUGAACAUUUUUUUAAAGUGACGAAAACUAGGCCCAGGAAAUUUUUAGACUGUGUUCCGUUAAAGAAAUGUUUUAUAUCUAAACACUUUAAUCAACUAAGAGAUAGCUUAAGGUAAAGGUUUUCACGCAUCUUUAAAUUCGCGAUUUAAUUUGGUAUGAAUUUUCUUAUGGUUAGAGAGCGUUAACAUGCAAUGAAAAGAGCAUCUUUUGUAUUUAUGACGUAUUGCACUUCGGGGUAAAGUGUUUACACGGAAAUCUCACAACGGUUUAAAAUUUCGUUUGGGCAAUUUCAUUAAAAUGAAGUGCAAGUUGAAGUGAGAUUCACUUCACAUGAAGUGAUAAAGAUUUUAUGUAAACUGGUUUGAGUCAACUUCAGGUAUAAAACGCCUACAAUGUCUAACUUGUUUUAAUUCGGUUAACUGAGCUUAUAUCAUAUAAACCAAUUAUAAAAAAUAUGUAGUUAUAUUUUUAUUAAAAAUUUGCUUACCCUGACACAAUUGUAUGCGAAUGUACAAUUUCGCUUGUUGUUAUUUAAAUUGUAUAUUUUUUAAUUUAGUUACAUUUUAUUUUUCAAGCUAAAUUUAGAUUUGUAAAUUAG